AUGGCGGUCGGCGGCGACGACGACAUGGAGAGGGACUUCGCCGCCAGGCUGCGCCUCGCGCCCUCCAACCCCUCCUCAGCCUCCGCUUCCGCCUCAGCCUCCCCCACGGCGGCCUCCCCUACUGCGGGCGGGGGCGGGAUCGCCUUCCGCGCGCCGCAGGAGCAGUUCACCGCCGCCGACUUCGAGCUCGGCAAGAUCUACGGCGUCGGCUCCUACUCCAAGGUGGUCAGGGCCAGGAAGAAGGACACGGGCAACGUCUACGCGCUCAAGAUCAUGGACAAGAAGUUCAUCACCAAGGAGAACAAGAUCUCCUACGUCAAGAUGGAGCGCAUCGUGCUCGACCAGCUCGAUCACCCGGGCGUCAUCAGGCUCUUCUUCACCUUCCAGGACACAUACUCCCUCUACAUGGCACUGGAGUCGUGCGAAGGCGGGGAGUUGUUCGACCAAAUCGUACGGAAAGGCCGCCUGUCUGAGGACGAGGCACGGUUUUAUGCCGCUGAAAUUGUUGACAUUCUGGAGUAUUUGCAUAGUGUAGGCCUAAUUCAUCGGGAUGUGAAGCCAGAAAAUUUACUCCUUACUUCUGAUGGACACAUCAAGAUUGCUGAUUUUGGUAGCGUGAAGCCUACUGUGGACACUCCAAUCAAAGUCCUCCCAAAUUCAACUAAUGAGAGGGCCUGCACAUUUGUUGGAACAGCUGCAUAUGUACCACCAGAGGUCCUGAACUCUGCCCCAGCAACUUUUGGAAAUGACUUGUGGGCAUUGGGGUGCACGUUGUUUCAAAUGCUUUCUGGCUCUUCGCCAUUUAAGGAUGCCAGUGAGUGGUUGAUUUUCCAGCGAAUUAUUGCAAGGGAUCUCAGAUUUCCUGAGUUCUUUUCGGAUGAAGCAAGAGAUCUCAUUGACAAGUUGCUGGAUGUUGAUCCAACCAAACGACCAGGUGCAGGACCUGAUGGUUAUGCUUCCUUGAAGAAGCAUCCUUUCUUCAGAGGUAUUGACUGGAAAAAUAUAAGGAAGACGCGUGCACCAAAGCCCGCUGUGGAGGCAAAUGCAAAUGAGGAUGAGGAUAAUCAAGAUUCAGAUUGGUUGUCACACAUGGGAAGUGCACAUGCCAACCAAAAUGUCCCUGUUGGGAAUAAUGGUGCUGCGUCAUCUUCUGAAGUACGGUCCCAUGUAUCUAAAUUAGCUUCCAUCGACUCCUUCGACUCUAGAUGGCAGGAUUUCCUGGAGCCAGGUGAAUCUGUAGUGUUGAUAUCUAAGCUGAAGAAGAUUAAUAAGCUAUCAAAUAAGAAGGUCCAGCUGAUCCUCACCAACAAACCUCAGUUGAUCUGUGUUGACCCUGCGAAGAUGGUGACCAAGGGGAAUAUUAGUUGGUCUGAUGAUCCAAGUGAACUCAAUGUACAAGUAGCCAACUCCUCGCAUUUUAGGAUCUCCACGCCAAAAAAGGUGUUCGUAUUUGAGGAUGCAAAACAGCGUGCCUGGCAAUGGAAGAAUGCAAUUGAAGACCUCCAGCACUGCCAAAAGAACUGA